GACUCCUCUGUUGCUGUCGUCUUUUUCCUCUCUACUCCCCCCAGUUCGUGAAUCAUAUUAGCACAAAGUUUGCUUUUGUACACGACGACGUUGCAGCAUUUGACCGCCGAGCAGCCGACAUGGUGUUUAAAGUGACUGUCAACAGUGCCUGGAGGGCAACGAGGACGCUGUGGCUGCUCAUGCUAGUGAGCCUGUCUGUCAGCAUCUGUGUGUGUCGAGCAUCUCUAACUCCGGAGGAGGAGGACAGUGCCAUGGAGAACAUCGUUACGGAGAAAAAGGCUGAGGAGAGCCACAGGCAGGACAGCGCGGACCUGCUCAUCUUCAUCAUGCUCCUCACCCUCACCAUCCUGACCAUCUGGUUGUUCAAACACAGGCGGUUCAGGUUCCUGCACGAAACUGGACUGGCGAUGAUUUAUGGUGUACUCGUUGGAGUGGUCUUGCGAUAUGGCAUCCAUGUUCCUCGGGACAUUAGCAACGUCACGAUGAGCUGCCACGUUAAUGCCAGUCCUGCCACGCUGCUGGUCAACGUCAGUGGCAAAUUCUACGAGUACACACUGAAAGGAGAGAUCAGUGCCAACGAGGUGAACGAUGUGCAGGAUAAUGAGAUGCUGCGAAAGGUGACCUUUGACCCUGAAGUGUUCUUCAACAUUCUCCUACCACCUAUCAUCUUCCACGCUGGCUACAGUUUGAAAAGGAGACACUUUUUCCGCAACAUGGGCUCCAUCCUGGCGUAUGCCUUCCUGGGGACAGUUAUUUCCUGUUUUGUUAUUGGGUUGCUGAUGUACGGCUGUGUGAUGCUAAUGAAGCAGGUGGGACAGCUGGGUGGAGACUUCUUCUUCACGGAUUGUCUGUUCUUUGGGGCCAUUGUCUCCGCCACAGACCCCGUGACGGUCCUGGCUAUCUUCAACGAGCUCCAGGUCGACGUGGAUCUGUACGCUUUGCUGUUUGGAGAGAGUGUGCUCAACGACGCAGUGGCCGUGGUUCUGUCCUCGUCUAUAGUAGCGUACCAGCCACAAGGGGACAACAGUCACACCUUUGAGGUCAUGGCCAUGCUGAAGUCUUUUGGAAUUUUCCUCGGAGUUUUCAGCGGCUCCUUCGCUCUGGGAGUGGCCACAGGAGUCGUCACUGCUCUCGUGACUAAGUUCACUAAGCUGAGAGAUUUUCAGCUGUUGGAGACUGCUCUGUUCUUCCUCAUGUCGUGGAGCACAUUCCUGCUGGCUGAGGCCUGUGGCUUCACAGGUGUGGUCGCGGUGCUCUUCUGUGGAAUCACUCAGGCCCACUACACCUUCAACAACCUGUCCCCCGAGUCCCAGGACAGGACCAAACAGCUGUUUGAGCUGCUAAAUUUCCUGGCAGAGAACUUUAUCUUCUCCUACAUGGGUCUGACCCUGUUUACCUUCCAGAGCCACGUCUUCAAUCCCAUGUUCAUCGUCGGAGCUUUUGUGGCAGUGUUCCUGGGAAGAGCUGCGAACAUCUACCCUCUCUCAUUUCUUCUUAAUCUGGGCCGACGCAACAAGAUCAGAUCCAACUUCCAGCACAUGAUGAUGUUUGCAGGACUGCGAGGUGCGAUGACUUUCGCCCUGUCAAUCAGGGACACGGCGACAUACGCCCGUCAGAUGAUGUUUAGCACCACUCUGCUUGUGGUCUUCUUCACUGUUUGGAUUUGUGGAGGAGGCACCACCCAGAUGCUCUCCUGCCAGCGCAUACGAGUGGGCGUGGACUCAGAUCAAGAUAACUCAAUGAGUGUCGCUGAAGGCUCGGAGAGAAGAAGCACCAAACAGGAAAGUGCCUGGCUUUUCAGGAUUUGGUACAACUUUGACCACAACUACCUGAAGCCCAUCCUGACUCACAGCGGCCCCCCUCUCACAGCCACGCUGCCUCCCUGCUGCGGCCCCCUCGCCCGCUUCCUCACCAGCCCGCAGGCUUAUGAGAAUGAGUGCCAGCUGAAGGAUGACGACUCCGACCUCAUCCUGACAGAUGGCGAUAUCAACCUCACCUACGGUGACAUCACAGUCAGCACAGACGCGUCAGGUUCCCACACGAGCGGCGGCCCAGCCUUUGCUGGAGGCGCCACCUCUGAUGACUUGGACAGAGAGUUAACAUAUGGAGAUCACGAGCUGGUGAUGAGGGGCACGCGCCUGGUGCUGCCCAUGGAUGACUCUGAGCCGCCCUUUACAGAACCCCCGCAGCGCUUGCGGAUGUGAAGAUAGUCUCUCAGCGCAGACCCAGACAUACCGUCCGACUCACACUGACCCGAGCCAUCGAGCAAAAGACCAGUACCUGACACUCCUUCCUUCACUCCUCCACUUCAUUCCUCUUGCUUUUUUUCCAACACAUCUCCUCACAGUUUUAUUUUCUCACUUCCUCUAGUGGCAAAUCACUGUCUCUACCUCAUUCUCGCUCUGCUCGUUUCCACACCUCUCUGGCAUCUGCCAUAAUUGUAAUAUAGUCUUAUUUAUUUGCAAGUUUUUUUUUUCGGUAUUCAAUCAAAAGUCAGUUUCUCUUAGUUUGGCUUAAAGCUGUGUGUCAGUCACCUUACUGUAGCAUUGCACAGAGGUCUAGCAGCAUGUGUUAGUGUGUAAAUGCAAGUACAAACCACUAGCUAAUUUGUCGAUGUACAGUAUAUCACAAGAGUACUAUAACUUUGAUAUGCAUGCUGAGGAUGCUUGUUGUUUUCUUCGUACGGGAGGUCGAGGGCUUUCGUUGUUUGGGUCUGACCUUGAAUGUUGCUGCCUUCUCUCUGCGCAUCAGAGGCAUGCUGACCCAGUGGACAACUUUACUGUACAUUUUGUUACAAUCAAGUGCCUGGGAAUUGUAGUUUUAAACCUGGCGACCCAUGCUGGACCAGCUCUCGGACGCAGAGCCAGUUUCAGGAUGGGCAGUCACGCAGUUGUAGUUUUCCUUUGUAAAAAAGAAAAAAACACAAAAAACUAAACAGACACCUCUGUCCAUAAGGUAGCAAUAUACUCAGUGGGUGUUUGGGCUGUCAGUCUGUGCUAUUCGCCUGUAAAUAGUGUGUAACGAUGUGAUGCCACUGUUGCAGUGUAACCUGGCAGUGAAAGUUGCAGAUCUUUCCCAAUGACCUUUGACUGUGACAUAGAGAGGGACUUUACACCUUAUUUUAGAAGCUGAUGUCGCUCACAGCAGAACGAAAGGGCUGUCGUUCCAAAAACGAGAUCCAAACCAGUUUGACAGAGGAAGAUUAGUGCCAUUUCUGUCCUGCAUUUUGACAUUUUGUGAAAACCAAAUGCAGACGACCUUAAAGUGUUUUGUAUUAUUUUUGCAAGAGAGCUUAAGGACUUUAAGCUGAGUCACAUUUGUCAUACACAUAGAGCUUUGUGCAAACAUUUUCUAUUACAAAUCGUGCAUUAACAACGAGACUUUGAACAAAAUUUUCUCAUUGAAUGAACCUGAAAAACGCAUAUAGACACAUGAAUUUGACACUAAAGGAACUUAGUACCAUAUUAUUGGUAAGCACACAUUUUGUGAGUAUAAUUUCGACAAAUCAGAUAAUUGAUUUUCUCUAUAUGGUUUCAUCAGGGCUGCAACCAGUUGUUAUUUUAUUAUCAAUUAUUAUGCUGUCUAUUUUUUGUGUAAUUGAUGAAUUAUAUGAUCUAUAAAAUGUAAAAUGCACAAUUUUCCCAAGCUUAAGUUGACAUAUUUAAGUGUCACAAAGAUAGUCGCUUGAGACAGACUUGAUUUGAGCUGGACGCGGUGAAUGUGAGAAAAACAUUACUUAAACAAUCAGUUAUCAAAAUAUUUCUUUGUGGAUUGACUAAAGGAUCAAUCGACUGAUUGUUGUAGCCCUGGAUUUUACACAGAGGUCAUUAAAAUCAGUGAACAAGACGGGAGCAGCUGCAUGAUGAUUAUUCUAAUCAAUCCAUCCAUGAUACGAAGAGAUAUUUACGCUGGUACUGUGGCAGUUCAUCAUUAUGAGAACUUCCAGAAUAGAACAAAAGUUGUUGACAUGCUGGACGUUUUUCUCGGCUGUACACAAUAGUGUCCUUGAGGGUCGAUAGUCUGACAGUUAAACAGGAGCAUUAUUUCUGUAUAUAACAGCAUUAAGAUUCAUUAGGUCAUUGAAUACUAUUAAAAGAGCACCCGGCGAUGAGUGUUACAUUUCACUCGUGUCAGUGUGGGUGCCCAAGAAGAACGGAAGAGCUUCGUGAGCUCCUUCUGUGCCGAGUUGUUAAUGCAGGUCUAACAGGAAGUGUUGAUAGGGCGUCACCGUGGCAACACUGUGUUGAUGUGGGCCGAAGCCAAGCAACACUCCGAACAUGGUGACUCAGUUGAACACAACGGAUUUUGUGGUUCGUCCUCUUGGUGAGCUCGAAAAAAAAAAAAAAUUGGGUCCAUGCUAAGUGGAUGCAAGAGGACGAUGAUCGGGUUACAGAAGAGAGUGAAAGAAAUAGAUUAUAAAAGAGAGACGUGAAGAAAGGAAUAUUUCACCCACAUAAAGACCCUUUGUGUGAGUCAUGCUGUGUGACCGUGAAUUUGUGAAGAAAAUUUACAAAUUUAUUGAUUGACUGGGGAUCACGUCGAACAGUGAAACUAUAUCAAGACAUCCAUUUACAAACUCUCAUGCAACUUGUGCAGUAUAAUCCAAGUCUCAUUUAUCCAGUCUUAUGCUCAGUACUUCCCAAUCACAUGCAUUUUCACUAAAUCCUCACUAUUAAAAACUGAACUGACACUUCUCUGUGCUCUCUUCAAAGCCACUGAGCAUAUGACUGGAUAAAUUAGACUUUGAUGAUAUUGCAGGAGCUGUGUUAGAGUUUGUAAGUGGAUGUUUUUGUUGUGUUGUUAAACAUGGUCCCCAAUAAAUCAGUAUGUUUGCCAUUUUCUGUGGAGAUAUGCAAGAAAAACAGUUCUCCGCACAAAUUUAAAGUAACACGGCAUCACCGAGUGAUUUAUGGCAUUUCUUUGGGUGAAAUGUUCCUUUAAAGGCCUGUUUGUGUGUGUGUUUCUGUGGUGAUACAGAGGUAGAAGGAAGAGCAGGCUUUCAGAUAUCGCUUUUCCUUCCUGCAGUUACCUUCUGCUGUGCAGGAGCUUCUAAUUCAAAGUGUGCAUAUUUUUUUUUUUAAUCAGGCAUGCCUCUUGACACCACAUUUUCCAGGUUAUAAUUCUUUCUGUCAUUUUCUACUUUUCAUUUGUGCUGUUAUUGCAUUUUAUUUUGUGGAAGGGAAAAGAUGAGGUAACAAAAAAAAAAAAAGCUGAAUAAUUUGCACUCCUCCAUUACAAAUGUUUUAUUGUUUUGCUCUGAUGUUUUAUCUAACAGCUGCUUUUAUAUUAUUUACCUUUAUGUUUUUUGGAAGGACGUGAAAAAAAAAGACCAGAUUCAUGUCAGUGUAAUGAAUCUCGAAUGAAUGUUCAGUAAGAGUUACGUUGAUGUUUCUUUGUAAAGAGUUAAUUCCACAUCGCAGUGGCAGCCGAGAUGGUUAGAAGUCUUUUCAUACUGCUGUUUCAUCUCAUCACUUCACCAUUCAGGUACUUUGCGUGUUUGUUUGAAUGCUGCUGCCAUGACAGAGCAUGAAUCAUUCAUCUUCCGCUGACGGUGGAGGAACAAAGAAAAAAAAAAAAGAAAAAUAUAUACAAGCAGAAUUGUGUGCCACUUUUCUUCAACUGACACAUUAAAUAAUGUGAAAUCUGCAAAAAGCUGAUAUAGGUUUUGGUGUUUGCCUACUGCUCUGCCAGCGUGUGUUCUCUCUCUGUUCUCUGAAUGGUGACUUGUGAUAGGCUUUGAUCGUUGGAAAUCCUGUCUGAAGUAGCUGACCAAAGAGGCCUGCUGUGCUUUGUGUUUCCAGACAGUCCACUCUAUCUUUAUACUGCAAAUUCUCUCUGUGUGUGAGUGUGUGUACGUGUGUCCAUGCCUGCAAGUGUAUAUGGAUGUGUAUACUUGUGUGUGUGCGUAUGUGUGUGUGUGUGUGUGUGUGUGUGUGUGUGUGUGUGUGCGUGCGUGUGUACGAGAGAGACGUGGAGACAUUAUGUUCUCUCCGCCUCUUCUUCUGUGUUGCAGGUACCGACUGUUUACAUCUGUGUAAAUAUACUCUCACCUGUUCAUGUGCGUGCAAUGGUCAAUAAACAGAAGCCUGUGCUUUUGAUUAAA